AUCUGACAAGGAGAAGAAGCUCCGAUCCAUUGUUCGAAAUGGCUUGCGCACAAAAGAGGAUUUUUAGCUUCUUCAAGAUUUUUUGCCAACAAAAUUGCUCACAGAAAUUGGAAAUUCCCAAAUCAUACAUGGAUCCAGAGAGAAGAUAUUCGCGCAAGGUUGUACUAAGGAAUCGUACGCAAAAAGUCUGGAACAUAGAGAUAACAGAAACUCGAGAUGCUUGUUUUUUCAAGCACGGUUGGGCAAAAUUCGUAGAGGAUAACUCUUUCAUCAAUGGAGAUCAACUGGUUUUCAUCUAUGACCAUCCUGCUGUGUUUGACUUCUUCGUAAUUGACCAAUUUGGCUGUGAAAAGAUAAUAAUGGAAGGUGAAGAAGCUCGAGUGAAGGGGUUGAAAAAUAAUAAUGGUGGUGGUGUUAAUUGUCAAGAUAACACUUUCUUGGUGGACUAUGAAGUCAAUAUGGUCACUCAAGUUAAGAAAGACGAGGAUGAGAUGGAUGCAAAAGAGGAGAACAAUGAUGUUGGUUUUCAAUACCAUACACGUUCCAAAGGAAAAAGUUGCAUUAUUGAAUGUGGAUUCAAGAGAGCUGGUAGCGUGAAAAAAAGUGAUGCUAGUCCCAAAAAAAAGAAUGUUGGUGCAGGGAAAAAUGAUGCUAGGGCAAAGAAAAAGGAUGUUAGUGAAGAAGAAAAUGAUGCUAGUGCAGAAAAAGUGGGUGUUAGUGAUGAGAAAAAAGAUGCCACUCUGAAAAAGAAGAAGAAGGAUGUUCCUGAUCAUUUUGGUUUAGAUAUUUUCAGCUCAGGACGUUUUACUCAACCUAAAAAUCCUUAUUUUGUGACCAAAAUCAGGCCAAAAAGGCGCGAUGAUCUGUAUAUACCGAUGGAAGUCAUCAAGGAUCACAAUAUUGAAUUGCCUGCAAAAGUGAUCAUGUGUGAUGAGAAAGAUAAAAAAUGGAAAGCAUAUAUAAAGACGUGGGGUGAUGGGCGAACAUGGUUGUCUGGAGGAUGGCGACAAUUGUGUAGAUGGAACCUUGUUCAAGAAAAUGACAGGUGCAUUUGUGAGUUUGUGCCUUCAUUGGGGCCAGAAUUGGUCUUGCAGGUCACCGUUAUUCGAAGAAAGGACUUAGAAGCACAACCAAAUUAAUGCUUAGCUUUCUAGUUAGUUCAAUCUUAAUGUUUUGAAGACAUAGCUCACCACAGUUUCUAUCCAUGUUCUUAUGGGGGCUUUCUGACCUCUCUAUUUUGAGACCGUAUGAAGUUUAGUUUCGGUAAUUUCAAUUCGGAAAAUUUAAUUUAGAUUUUAGUUUUUGAAACUUAUGUUAAUGUCAU